CCGGAAGUGCAGCACAAUCGGCGUCUCUCAGCAAACAUGGCGGAGUACAGCCAGGCGGGCCUCCUGGCGGCUCUGCUGCUCUUCACGGCCCUCACGGUACGGGACCUUUACCUCGGCAGGCCCGGCCUCUCCCCGGACAACCUGCCGGACACAGAGCCCGGCAAACCGGCCAAGUCCUCCCUGUACACCGGGCCCGUGCUGCGGUUCCAGUACUGUAUCUCCUGAGGUUACAGUAAAGUGUUCCAGGAGUAUUCUCGGGCCAUCAGCCAGCUGUACCCAGACAUCCGCAUCGAGGGAGAAAACUACCCCCCCACCCCCUUCAACAGGUGUUUGGGCAACCUGAUCUCGUACCUGAAGCUCGUCUCCAUCUUGCUGAUCGUCAGCGGUCAGAACGUGUUCGUGCUGCUCGGCCUCGACACGCCGCGAGCCUGGACCUGGAGUCAGGACAACAAGAUCUUCUCCUGUCUGAUGGCCUUCUUCUUCUGCAACAUGAUGGAGACGCACUUCCUGUCCACCGGAGCCUUCGAGGUCACGCUGAACGACGUCCCCGUCUGGUCGAAGCUUCAGGCGGGUUACGUGCCGAACGUUCAGGAGAUCUUCCAGAUCCUCGAUAACCACCUGAAGAUGAACCAGGUGGAUCCCGUGAGCUUCUCGUAGAGCUGCGCACACAGGUACUCUCAGUCAUGGUGCGUUCAGUGUCCCGGCUCGGUGGAGCGAUCAGUCACUGGCGUUAUGAAGGUUCGGCCCUAAAGCAGACUCUGUGGGGCCCAGCCGGAUGUCCCUCGCCACACAACGAGCGCUCCCUCUCUGCCGGGUCACAGCACAGCACUGCAGUACCCACAGUGCACCUGUGAGCACAGGUGAUGUGCUGACAGAAGACUCUCCUGUUCUUCAGUUGGAUUUAUUUUAUUUAUUUACUUUGAGAUUAGAUAGAAACCUGCGGUACCUGUUAGCUUCAUGCUAAUUACCCAAACAAACAAAUAUAUAAUUAAUAAUUCAUGUAACAAACGAUCAUCUCUGAAUUCAUUAAGUCUCAAAAUGUCUUCAAACUAAAACUUUGUUUCUCACAAAUAUUUCAGUUCAUGAAAGUUAGAGUUUUUAUUUGGUCUCUGAUCAAUAAUCAAUAAAUGUGUCGAUACAGUGAUCAGCUGACUCUGACAGUUCCAGAUCCUACUGGAUCCUAAAGGAUCCAAUGUUGGUGCUCAUGCACGUUAGCACUAGUUUCAGAAAUGUGAAGGUGUUUGUUUAUUUGGGACGAUGGUGAGUUUUUGGAAAUAAAACAUGAUUUAAAGUUU